AAACCAUCAGCGGUGGUUUCUCGGUCGUGGAUCUGAACUUGUUUGCCUGCUAUAAUUUCUGAAUUCUGACUCGCUAUUAUUACCAAAUCUCCUUUUUUCAAGCAGAACCUGAGUUGUGAAAAUGGAAGGAAUGGAGCAGUGGAGUCACGAGGCGAAGCAAUGGUUGCAACGAGGAAUUGAAUAUGCACAACAGAUACCUCCCAAUCAGCUCUAUGCCGCUGCUGCUGUAUUGCUUAUCACAACCCUUCUCCUCGUAAUCGUUCGCUUGUUCAAACGCACAAAGUCUAAUACCAUUAUGCUCACUGGGCUCACUGGGAGUGGGAAAACUGUUCUUUUCUAUCAACUUCGAGAUGGUUCUUCGCAUCAGGGCACUGUUACUUCAAUGGAACCAAAUGAGGGCACUUUCAUUCUACAUUCUGAAAGCUCUAAGAAAGGCAAAACAAAGCCUGUUCACCUUGUUGAUGUUCCUGGGCAUUCUCGUCUUCGGCCUAAACUAGAUGAGUUCUUGCCUCAAGCUGCUGGCAUAGUGUUUGUUGUUGAUGCUUUGGAAUUCUUGCCCAACUUGCGUGCAGUUUCAGAAUAUCUGUACGAUAUUUUGACCAAGGCAAGCGUGGUCAAAAGGAAAGUUCCAGUUCUCAUUUGUUGUAACAAGACUGACAAAGUGACAGCACAUACCAAGGAUUUCAUCCGAAAACAAUUGGAGAAAGAAAUUGAGAAAUUGCGAGCAUCAAGAAGUGGAAUAUCAGAAGCUGAUGUUGCAAAUGAAUUUACCCUUGGGGUCCAUGGGGAAGUAUUUUCUUUCUCUCAUUGCAGCAACAAAGUUAGCAUUGCAGAGUCUUCUGGCUUGACAGGCGAUAUAUCUCAGCUGGAACAGUUCAUUAGAGAACAUGUAGAGCCCUAGACUUGUGUUCCAUUUGAUAACUUGCAUUGUUGAUGAGUCUUCUUAGGAAGUUGGUUGUCAUUGCCUCCUGAUUGCUGGAAAAAAAAUUGAGGACGCAAUGAGGAAGCGCCUUAAUUUGCCAGAGGAAAUUGGUGGAGGAAAAAGCAAAAGUAAAAUGACAAGGAACUGAGGUGGAGGCAUGGCUGGUUAGUCUGCUUAAACGAGGAUACCAAAAAUAGAGAGGAAAAAAAAAAGAAAAGACAAAUGCUGAUAUUUUUUGGAUUCUAUUGACAAUAAACCCUCUCUCUCUCUCUCUCUCUCCCCCUCUUUUGUGAACAGCAUUCUCCCUAAAUCAGUCUGGCCUCUGGGUCUUCUUCUUUGAUA